AUGAAUAUCGUCAAGUUACAAAGAAAAUUUCCAAUUUUGACUCAAGAAGAUCUUUUUGCAACAAUUGAAAAGUUCAGAGCCAUUGACCUAGAUGAUAAAGGAUGGGUUGAAAAACAGCAAGCUUUAGAGGCGGUUUCCAAAGACGGUGAUGCAACCUAUGACGAAGCAAGAGAAACUCUGAAACAUGUCGGUGUGGAUGCGUCAGGUCGAGUUGAAUUGGACGAUUAUGUGGGGCUAACUGCGAAGUUAAAGGAAUCUAAAACAGGAGCCGCUCCACAGACAACUUUCAAUGUAGCACCUAAUUCAGCCCCUAUUGUUUCCACUUCUGCCACUAGGCUGCAGCAUAAGGGUAAGGGUACUCAAGCCAAGAUCAUUGUUGCUGGUUCCCAAACAGGUACUACACAUACUAUUAAUGAGGAAGAGAGACGUGAGUUUACUAAACAUAUCAACAGUGUCUUGGCUGGCGACCAAGAUAUUGGUGAGUUGCUUCCAUUUCCUACGGACACUUUCCAAUUAUUUGAUGAAUGUAGAGACGGUCUGGUGCUAUCUAAGUUGAUCAACGACUCUGUUCCAGACACUAUCGACACAAGAGUCCUGAACUGGCCUAAAAAGGGUAAGGAAUUGAAUAAUUUUCAAGCUAGUGAAAAUGCUAAUAUUGUGAUUAACUCUGCAAAAGCCAUUGGUUGUGUUGUUGUUAAUGUACAUUCAGAAGAUAUUAUAGAAGGUAGAGAACACUUGAUUUUGGGUUUAAUUUGGCAAAUCAUAAGAAGAGGUUUGUUGAGUAAGAUUGACAUUAAGUUGCAUCCGGAAUUGUAUCGUCUAUUAGAAGAAGAUGAAACUCUGGAGCAAUUUUUGAGAUUACCUCCAGAGCAAAUCUUAUUACGUUGGUUCAACUAUCAUUUGAAGCAGGCGAACUGGAACAGAAGAGUUACCAAUUUUUCUAAAGAUGUUUCUGAUGGUGAAAAUUACACCAUAUUAUUGAACCAAUUGGACCCUACUUUGUGUUCUAAGGCACCCUUACAAACUACAGACCUAAUGGGAAGAGCAGAGCAGGUUUUACAAAAUGCAGAAAAAUUGGAAUGUAGAAAGUACUUAACACCAAGUUCUUUAGUUGCUGGGAACCCCAAGUUGAAUCUGGCUUUUGUGGCUCAUUUGUUCAAUACUCAUCCUGGAUUGGAACCAAUCCAAGAAGAGGAAAAGCCUGAAAUUGAAGAGUUUGAUGCUGAAGGUGAAAGAGAAGCAAGAGUUUUUACUCUAUGGUUAAACUCUUUGGAUGUCGAUCCACCUGUGAUUUCCUUAUUUGAUGAUUUGAAGGAUGGUUUAGUAUUAUUGCAAGCCUAUGAAAAGGUGAUGCCCGGUGCAGUUGACUUCAAGAAUGUCAACAAAAGACCUGCUUCAGGUGCAGAAGUCUCCAGAUUCAAAGCCUUGGAAAAUACUAACUACGCUGUCGACCUGGGCAGAUCCAAAGGGUUUUCUUUAGUUGGUAUUGAGGGGUCUGAUAUUGUAGAUGGUAAUAAACUAUUGACCUUGGGGCUAGUGUGGCAAUUGAUGCGCAGAAAUAUUUCGAUAACUAUGAAAACAUUAUCGUCCAGCGGUAGAGACAUGAGCGAUUCACAAAUACUGAAAUGGGCUCAGGACCAGGUUGUUAAAGGAGGUAAAACCUCUACUAUUAGAUCAUUUAAGGAUCAAGCCUUAUCGAAUGCACACUUCUUGUUGGACGUUUUGAACGGAAUUGCUCCAGGAUAUGUUGAUUAUGAUCUAGUCACCCCUGGUAAUACUGAAGAAGAAAAGUAUGCAAACGCAAGAUUGGCUAUUUCUAUCGCUAGAAAAUUGGGUGCUCUGAUUUGGUUAGUACCUGAAGAUAUCAAUGAGGUUCGUGCAAGAUUAAUUAUUACCUUUAUCGCUUCCUUAAUGACUUUGAACAAAUGA